UGCCAUGGCGGCAGCUCCGCCGGUCUCCAAGGCUGAGUAUCUGAAGCGUUACUUGUCUGGUGCCGAUGCCGGCCUGGAAGGAGGUUCAGAGUCCGUUCGGAAGAGGCGCAAAAAACGACCGAAGCCGGGAGGCGCCGCUGGCAAGGGAAUGCGGAUUGUUGAUGACGAUGUGGGCUGGGCAGCUAUCUCUGCCACUAAACCGGAAAAGGAGGAGGAAGAGGAUGGAGAUUUGCCUGUGGUGGCUGAGUUUGUGGAUGAGCGUCCAGAAGAGGUGAAGCAGAUGGAGGCCUUCCGCUCCAGUGCCAAAUGGAAGCUCCUGGGAGACCACAGUGAAGAUGGGCAUUUCCGUCAUGAUGAGCAAGAUCCAUCUUCUCCUAGGAGGGUUCGUCAUGACACCCCAGAUCCAUCUCCUAGGAGGGCCCGUCAUGACACCCCAGAUCCAUCUCCUCCCAGGAAGACCCAUCAUGAUACACCAGAUCCAUCUCCUCCUAGGAGGGUUCGUCAUGACACCCCGGAUCCAUCUUCUCCCAGGAGGGCCCGUCAUGAUACCCCAGAUCCAUCUCCCCCAAGGAGAUCCCGUCAUGAUACCCCAGAUCCAUCUCCCCCAAGGAGAUCCCGUCAUGAUACCCCAGAUCCUUCUCCCCCAAGAAGAUCCCGUCAUGACACAGACACAUCUCCUCCUAGAAGGGUCCGCCAUGACUCAGACACUUCUCCCCCCAGGAAGUCUCAUCGUAAUUCUUCAGGUGUAUCUCCUAGAAGAGGCCAUCCUGGUUCCUCGGGUGUCUCUCCCCCCAGAAGGGCCCAUAACCACUCCCCUGACACAGCCACACAUAGGAGGACUUUUGACACUUCAGACCCACAGCCUCUCAGGAGGGCCCGUCAUGACUCCCCUGGUUUGGAACUGUCCAAAACCAAAAGUAGUAAAGCUGCGGAAAGAUCCUCUAGCAAGACCGUACACCAGAGGGGGCUGGGACCCUCUUACUCAUCACUCUCCAAGUAUGGGCAGGACUCUGACCUUUCUCCACGGAAACGGCAAGCAAAGGCUCAUGUUGGAGCUAAGAAGCAGCUUGAUCCUAAAGGUGUCUGCCAAAAAUCCUCUGAUUCAGACCUUUCUCCUCCACGGCAAAAACAAAAUCCAGGACACCAGGAUUCUGACUCAGAUCUGUCACCGCCACGGAAUAGACAGAGACGCCGGAGCUCUGACUCUGACCUCUCUCCACCCCGGAGAAGACAGAGGACCAAAUCUUCUGAUUCUGAUCUCUCUCCUCCUCGAAGGAGUCCCCGUCCCGGGAAGAAGACUGCACGUAUGUAUUCUGGAGCAAAAACUGGGUUGGUGACUGAUGUUCAGCGGGAGCAGCAGGAUCUCAAGAAACAGGACCAAGACACCACAGCCCUUGGAGCUCAGUUUGAAUUCGCUGAAACGGUGUUUCGAGACAAGUCUGGUCGUAAGAGGAAUUUGAAGCUGGAACGCCUGGAGCAGAGGAGAAAAGCAGAGAAGGACUCAGAGCGAGAUGAGCUUUAUGCCCAGUGGGGCAAAGGGCUUGCCCAGAGCCGGCAGCAGCAGCAGAAUGUAGAAGAUGCAAUGAAGGAGAUGCAGAAGCCUCUGGCCCGCUAUAUCGAUGAUGAAGAUCUGGAUCGGAUGCUGAGAGAACAAGAGAGAGAGGGGGACCCGAUGGCCAACUUCAUUAAGAAGAAUAAGGCUAAGGAGAACAAGCACAAGAAAGUGAGGCCUCGCUAUAAUGGUCCUGCACCUCCUCCCAAUAGAUUCAAUAUCUGGCCUGGAUACCGCUGGGAUGGAGUGGACAGAUCCAACGGCUUCGAACAGAAGCGCUUUGCCAGGCUCGCCAGCAAGAAGGCUGUGGAGGAGCUUGCCUACAAGUGGAGUGUGGAGGACAUGUAGCUUCUCCGAGGCUGUGUGGUACUGUGGUGGUGGUGGCACAGGACAGCCCGACAUCGUCUUGCAACUCGUGGUCAGUUCUGACCUUUGGACUAGGCACCUACCCUUGGCUGUGUCCAUGCUGUCUGACUGGCUUUGGCAGGACACAGUGACUUCUCUAUCCCAGGGCUUGUUCUUUGCCGGUGUUUUUCUUAUUUUUAAAA